CCCGGGAGGCGGUGGCCGAGGCCCAGGCAGCGGCGGCGGCAGCCCAGGAGGCGGCGGACGGGGAGCGGCGGGAGCAGGCUCGGCUGCAGAAUGCGCGUCCGCCGGGGGCUGCUGCGGCUGCCGCGCCGCUCGCUGCUCGCCGCGCUCUUCUUCUUCUCGCUGUCGUCCUCGCUGCUCUACUUCGUCUAUGUGGCGCCCGGCAUAGUGAACACCUACCUCUUCAUGAUGCAGGCUCAAGGCAUCCUGAUCCGGGACAACAUGAGAACCAUCGGAGCUCAGGUCUACGAGCAGGUGGUCCGGAGCGCGUACGCCAAGAGGAAUAGCAGCAUGAAUGACUCAGAUUAUCCUCUUGACUUGAACCACAGCGAAACCUUCCUACAAACCACAACGUUUCUUCCUGAAGACUUCACCUACUUUGCAAACCAUACCUGCCCCGAGAGGCUCCCUUCUAUGAAGGGCCCAAUAGACAUAAACAUGAGUGAGAUUGCAAUGGACGACAUCCAUGAAAUCUUCUCCAAAGACCCAGCCAUCAAGCUUGGAGGUCACUGGAAGCCUUCGGAUUGCCUGGCGCGGUGGAAGGUGGCGAUCCUCAUCCCUUUCCGGAACCGCCACGAGCACCUGCCAGUCCUCCUGCGACACCUGAUCCCCAUGCUACAGCGCCAGCGCCUGCGGUUUGCAUUUUAUGUGGUGGAGCAGGUUGGCACCCAGCCUUUUAAUCGAGCCAUGCUUUUCAACGUCGGUUUUCAAGAAGCAAUGAAGGAUCUGGACUGGGACUGUCUUAUUUUUCAUGACGUGGAUCACAUACCAGAAAGCGAUCGGAACUACUAUGGAUGCGGGCAGAUGCCAAGGCACUUUGCGACCAAGUUGGACAAGUAUAUGUACCUGCUUCCUUACACCGAGUUCUUUGGUGGAGUGAGCGGCCUGACUGUGGAACAGUUUCGGAAGAUCAAUGGCUUCCCAAACGCUUUCUGGGGUUGGGGUGGAGAAGAUGACGACUUGUGGAACAGAGUACAGAACGCGGGCUACACUGUGAGCCGGCCGGAAGGCGACACCGGCAAGUACAAGUCUAUCCCUCACCACCAUCGAGGAGAAGUCCAGUUUCUUGGAAGGUAUGCUCUGCUGAGGAAGUCCAAAGAACGGCAAGGGCUGGACGGCCUCAACAACUUGAACUACUUUGCAAACAUCACAUACGACGCCUUGUAUAAAAACAUUACCGUCAACUUAACACCCGAGCUGGCUCAGGUGAGCGAGUACUGAGAGGGGGGAGCAGGGGACGUGCUUCGCCCGCCGCCGCCCAGGAAGCAGCCCGCUGUGCUGUCUCGGCGGGAAGAGAAUAGAAACACGGUGUCUGAUGAAGGGUCACAGGGUUCGAGGAGGAAAACAAACUGUGAACAGUGUCCACGCACAAAACGCCUUCACUGUGGCUUGGGAGCUUCCUUCAUGAGGACUGGCUUUCUGUUUCCACAAGACGGACGUGUGUCCUGCUGCUCUGCUGCGCCCCGUCUCAGCCAGGAGCUCCGCGCCCGGACCCCAGGGCCACCACGGUCCCGCCGCGCAGCCCGUUCCCACCAAUGGCCUUUGGAGUUUCCCAGCCUUCAGAGCAAAGAGGCAGCCCCACCAGCGGGCCGCCGCGUUGUAGGAAGAGCAAAUGAAACCACACACCAUUCUUCUCCAUCUCUGGUGUUCUCCUUGGUUUCAUUUUUUUUUUUUUAAAGAAAAACAAUUAAUAAAUAAAUUACCUGCUUCGGGUGGGGAUUGAGGGUGGGGGGGCGGGGUUGGGGAAGAUAAAUAGACCUAUAACAAUCACUUCUUGAAGAAGUAUAAUUGUAAAUAAGCCAUGUAAAAUGCCUUUUUAAAAUUUAAUUUUAUAGCUGGCUCCAAUUCGACCCGAGGGUUUCCACAUCAGCUCCCUUACUUGGUUGGCCGGUGCAGGACCUCCGUUAAAAACGCAGGGGGAGCGGAAGUCUUUCCGUCCCCUCCCAAAUAGCUGUCACUUUGGAAGGGAGAGGGUACCGGGCGUGUCACCAACAGAAUGAGGCGGUGCAGUCUGUCACUGGUAGCUACUCCUGCCCCCUUCCAUCCUCUUCUUCGGAAAGUCUUUGCUCUUGACUUUUGCUGUGGACACGCACACCCUCAUCCAUGUCCUGCUAAAUAGGAGACCCCGGGGCAGGGCAGGGCGGGGGUGGGGGUGGGGGAGCCCUCCUGCACACGCGCCCCUGGAUUUGUGGACUUCAGUUUUUGUCCUUUCAUCACUGAGACAGGUGGGGGGGGAGGGUUGCUGCCUUUUCUUUUUUGCCCCUUGUUUUCCUUUUUUUUUCUUUUCUUUUCCUUUUUUUUCCCCCCUCUUGUGGAACUUGGCCACAAUUCCUGAAAUCUGUGCCUCAAUUACUAACUAGCUUCAGUGAUUCCUCUGAAAAUUUCCCUGUGUAGGUUUCCGGAAAGAUUGUCAACAUUAUGAAGUAGCACAUAGAAAUAACGAGCAAUGGAAUGAAGGAUUCAGCUAGGGAGCAGGGGACACUUGUGUGCCGCAGGUCAGCUGGGGCCCACGGUUAGCCCCGAUCCGAGCUUUGCACGCCAGAUAACAGCUCCGGGACGCAGGCGCCCAAGCCCACGCGCUGCGCUCACACCCCACGCACUUCUUGGAGGUAGAUUCUAAAUUGCCCUCCAAGUCGUGCCUGUUUUCCCCUGAGCCAGAUCCCUCAGUUCAGAGUUCCUGUUGGCUUCUGCAGGAUUCUGAAAAAUGCCAGUCUUUUCCCCUCUCCUUUUCCAUGAAACAUAUUUAUAUAAUCGUGAUUAGGAGUACUUCCUGCAGAGUACUUCAUAUUUUUUUUAAUUGCCUUGUUUGCCUUCAACUUUCUUAAUUUUCAUGGUUUACAUGGAUGUGUGUGUAGGGGGGUGUAUUUGUGUAUAUGCGUGCGGGUUGGGGUUUUCUCCGUUGCACGUGUUGGUUUCAUGGACAUAUGACCCCCACGAGCUGUGGGAGUGAUCGGCCAGGCCUUGUUUUUUGUUCUUGCUUUUUUGUUGUUCUUUUGAAGAAUAGAAUGGAAUAUAGAAAACAAAUAGCAUUAAAAAGCUCUUAUCAGCUCAUAUGAGAGAGCAGGCAGCUGCCCUUGAAAAUGCUGGUAAGUUGUAUCCUAGGUUUUAAAAGAAUGUUGAGCAUCUCAUCCUUUGAAAGACCUUCACGGGGGAGCGUUACACACAGGAGCUCACUUGGUUUUCCUUUUUGAAGUCUGGUGCGUAGAGCAAUAAAGAUUUCUCCCGCCCCCCAUCCCCUCCAGGCCCGUGUUGCCGGCCUUGACCCUCCUGGUCCUUCCUGGUCCCCUUUCGUCACUGAAGGCCAUGAGCUGCUCUCCGCGUGGCACAACCACGUGAUGUCAUUUGGAAGAACUUGCCGGCUCACGCUGAUCCUUGGUUAAGGACGAUGCGUGUGUGGCCAGCAGCGCUGUAACACGGCCUGUUCGAAGCUUGCCACGAACAUCUUUGCCGCCGAGAAUGAAAUGUUGGCAAAGAUUUCAAAACCUGGUUUUGAAAAGAAAGUGCUGAUUUGAGGACAAAGGGAGAGGUCUCUUUUCACUGCUUGAAGGAAGGUCACUGAAAUUAUUCAACGUGUGAGUUUGUCCUCUAAGCGUGAAAUCUCUCACUGUGUCCUGCUUAGUCGUUUACCCACCAAGCUGAGUACCGAGCGGGAAGUGUAAAAGGUAAUUUACAACCAGGCCCGUGAGCUGUUAAUCGUGGAAGAGUCUCUUGUUAAAAACAAAAAAACAAGAACCAAAUGUGACCUUGUGUGUAUUUUGGCAGCUGAAAUUCUUUAAGGCUACUGAUGGGCGACCCCUUAAAUCAGUCUCGUCUCUGAUUGCUGCGUGCAGGGAAAGGUUUUUCCUCUCACGUGGCUUUUCUGGGGGAGGAGUUAUUGCAAAAAUAUUCCUUUUGACGUUACAGGGACUGUUUCCUUGCAGCUCCUCUGCCACAGACAUUAAUGGCUGAGCAACAGCCACGUGUACUGAUUGUGUCCUCUCACCAUUGACCAUGGCAUUGAGCGUAGCUAGCUAGCAUCCUUCCAUCACUACAUUUUUUUUUUGAGCUUGCUCUUAUGUUUCAAGAGGUGCCAGGGGUACAUUUUUGCACUGAAAUCUAAAGAUGUUUUAAAAACACUUUUCACAAAAAUAGUCCUUUGUCAUUACAUUAUUUACUCAUGUGUUUGUACAUUUUUGUAUGUUAAUUUAUGAAUGAUUUUUUCAGUAAAAAAUACAUAUUCAAGAACCAAA